AUGACUGACGAGAAAAACCCUAAACCCCUCACGGUGGACAUUCGUGUCUUUAUGUUGAUUACCGUCUCGGCCAUGGCGAUUGCCUUUGGUGUUGGAGUUGCCAUGGGUCCUACCGCUGCGGAAUUGGCCAUGGCUUCGGCUGCUUCUUCUGCUGCUUCUUCUGCUGCUGGCGGAUCCAAGCUUCCAAAGGUGCAUUCGGUCGAUGUUCGAAGUGUGGAGGAAGCCAAAGCUCUCAAAGGAGACGCGGCGGAACUUCUUCACGAACCAGCUGGACAGCACUUGCUUGUCGACAUUAAAGGCAUCGAAGCUGCCUUUCUAGACAGCGAAGAACGUCUUGCUCAUGCCAUGGUGGAAACUGUCAAGGGAGCUGGUCUUACCAUGUUGUCUUAUCAUUGCCACAAGCUCAUUCCCAUGGGAGUCUCUUGUGUCGGUGUCUUGCUGGAGUCUCAUAUUAGUUUCCACACCUGGCCCACGGAAGGAGUCAUUACUCUCGAUUUGUUCACCUGUGGUCCCAAUCCUUUGAUUCCUGUGGUGCCUUCCAUCAAGGCCCUCUUUGGAGUGCCUCGGGAAAACGAUGAGAUUGUCACCCAAUGGUCCCAUGAACUCCGUGGAUUCCGCAGUAAGAAUAAGAUUCCCAACAAGGACAAUCACAACUAUGCUCUGUUGGAUCACGAUUCCGAUUUGAGUCAAAUGAUUUGGUCUCCCAUGGAUUGCGUCUACAAGGAACAGGUCUAUAGUGGACUCACGGAAUACCAACGCGUCGAUGUCUGGGACGUGGUCAGUUUGGAAGAUCAACCCAGUCAAAAUGAUGUCCUCAAGGCCAAACUAGAGCCUACCGAUGCUCGUUGGACGACCACCGAAUUGGUCCAACCCACUCGGUACCUAUUCUUGGACGGCGUUCUACAAUCGGACAAUACGACUCACAAGGAAUAUCACGAAGCACUGGUUCAUCCCGCCAUGUUUGCCCACUCGUCUCCCAAGAAUGUCGCCAUUGUCGGGGGUGCCGAAGGUGCGACCCUUCGUGAAGUUUUGAAACACAAGACGGUCGAAUCUGUCACCAUGGUGGAAAUCGAUCAACAACUCAUGGACCUGGCCAAGGAAUACUUGCCACAAAUGUCCGAUUGUUCCAAUCUCGAAGGCCGCUCCGACAAUUGUUUUGAUGACGAAUUGCUCAAUCUCCAAAUCCAAGAUGCCAAGGAUUGGUUUUUGAAUUCCCAGAACGAAAACAAGAAUAAUAAUUUGGAUGUCGUCAUUAUUGAUGCCAUUGAACCUGAAAUGUCGGCGGCCAUUUCCAAGGACUUGUACGACAAACCCAAAUUGUGGAAGUCCAUUUUGGAUUCAUUGACAGAAGAAGGUAUCCUAGCCAUUCAAAUUGGCUAUGCUCCUACCAUUAGUGACCCCAAACCGGAUGUGGGAUACAAUGCCCCACGCGAAAUCUUGUUUCAAACUUUGGAGUCCUUGCCGCAAGUGGAAGCCAUGUUUGUCUAUGAAGAUUCGCAUGUGGGAUUCUUGGUUCCAAAGUCCUUUUUGAUUGUCUGCAAAUCCAAUUCGUGUCGUCAACGCUUUUAUGCGGCACCCGAAGACUUGAACAUGGAAAUUGCCAAGCGGAUUGUGGCGUCCAAAGACAAUACGGGCUCUCUACAAUCCUACGACGGUGUCACUCAAAUCUACUAUCAAGUGGCUCCCAAGGCUUGGGAAACCAUCUACUGUCGUCGGGAACCUACUCCCUUUGAGUGUGAUUACCGUCAUUUGGACUUUGGCAAGGGCAUUUACGAAUUCAAAAUGGAUGCUCCUGCCGAUGAGCAAGUCUUUGAGAUUGUGGCCGAUGACCAAGGAACUCGCGUUUAUAGUAAAGUUAACAUCCCCAAGGGAUCCUACAUCAUGGCGGAACACGCGGCAAAUUCCUUGCAACUGUCCAGCAAGGCGGUCGACAAUCUUUCGGCCAGCACCGAUGUCGAAUUUGCCAAGUUUGUGCAAGACCACGGACACGACUCUGCCUCCAAGGGAAGUGCUCGUCGGUUGGUCGAAAUUGGAGCUUCCUACUUUUUGCGGAUUGCCGAUUCCAAGGCCGAAUCCAAUGUAGGCCGUUGGAUUCCACCUCAUCCGCAAGGACGUCGUCCCAAAUAUUCACCAGUCUACGAGCGUCAUCGUUUGUCCUUUGAUGUUUUCAUGGUGGCCACCAAGGAUAUUGCCAUGGGUGAUGAGUUGGUCAAGUACAAGCACAUGUGGUCCGAAGAGUAA